UGGAACGACGUUCUUCUUCAUUGGUCCAAGGCCCUGAGUCCUCCUCUGUUGCUUCUCUCUGCCCUUUCGAUUUUCAUCUCACUAUCUCAGACCCGCUUUAAAUCUUUCUUUCUCCAGAAGCUUUGUAUGUGUAAAAGAGAUCACUGCGCAGAAACAGACAGUUUUGUCAAGUGAUUAUUGGAGCAGAGAAGAGAGGAGGUCGAAAGAGUGAAAGCGCAACGAUAAUGGGCGUUGGCGUUUCUUCGGAGAAGAAAACAGCGGCGUCUCAUGAGCCAGAGUUUACUGAUUUGGUGUUCUCGUGGUCUGUUGACGACAUCCGCAAUGAGGAUCUUUACAGGAAUCAGGUGGAGAAGAUUCCAGAAUCGUUUCAAUCGGUGGGGGUCUACCUUGGUUCUUUUGUUUAUCCUUUGCUAGAGGAAACUCGAGCAGAAUUAGCCUCAAGCAUGGACAUUAUCUAUGGAGCACCUUUUGCUAAAGUGAACUCCCUUGUCGAGUCGAAGCCCUAUGCAACACAUGCAACGUUGCAUUAUGCUGUUGUUGUUGAUUAUUGGAGAAACAAAUUUAGUGACUGUUGCGAAGAACCCUACAGAACCUUGCCUGGAGAUGUGUGUAUCAUUUCCAAUGUAAAACUAGAAACUUUAUCUGAUCUGCAACAGGAUGGAAGGACCUGGACUUUUGCAUUGGUCACUAAAAUCACUGAAGACGAGAUUGAAGAUGAUAGUUCGUCGUCCACUAUUUUCACAGUCAAGGCAUCGAGGGAUAUAGAAAUCAAGGAUGGAAUGAGGGAAUCACUCUUUGUGACUUUCUUGAUGAACAUAACAACAAAGCAAAGAAUAUGGAACUCUCUAAGGAUGUCCAGGAAUCUGAAGAUAAUCAAGGAAGUCCUAUGCACUGAUUCUCUGGCUCAGAAGGAUUGCGAGCUUUGUUGUGUAAGCCAAUUACCCAAAAGUUUCGCUACAAGUCUAUUAUCUAAGCUGAAUAAAUUCCAAAUUCAGGCAAUAGUAGCUUCACUUCGUAGAAUCAAAUGUGAUCACAAGCCUACCAUGGAACUCAUUUGGGGCCCACCAGGGACGGGGAAAACCAAGACGGUCAGUGUGAUGCUUUUUGCUCUUUUGAGGAUGAACUGUCGGAUCCUUGCAUGUGCUCCUACCAAUGUUGCUAUAAAGGAGGUGGCUUCCAGGGUUCUAAUGUUGGUGAGAGAGUCAUUUGAGGCUGAGGAAAAGGAUGUUUUAUUCUGUUGUUUGGGCGAUAUUCUCUUAUUUGGUAACAAGGACCGCCUGAAGCUUGACUCUGAUAUUGAAGAGAUAUAUCUAGAUUAUCGUGUUAAAAGGCUUGCAGAGUGUUUGGGACCAUUGACGGGUUGGGGACAUUGUUUAACUUCAAUGGGAGACUUUCUUGAAGGUUGUGUUUCUGAAUAUGAUGUUUUUGUGAAAGACGAAAUGAUCAAACAAAAGGAAAUGAUCGAACAGAAGGAAUGCAGCAACCAGGAUGAAAGUGGCAAGGCAGAAAUUAAAUCAUUUGUUGAGUUUGUGAGGGACAGGUUUAAAUCAACUGCAUCACCCCUGAGAAGAUGCAUAUUUGUAUUUUGUACUCAUUUUCCAAGAAGGUUCAUUUUGGGACAGAAUUUUACAAACAUGCGUAGUCUUGUUGACCUCCUAGAUAAUUUGGAAGAAUCGUUGUUUCGAGACAACAUCACUACUGAAGAACUUAAGGAGGCAUUUUCACAGAAUGAUGGAGGUGAAGAAUUUUGUGAAUCUAUUGUAGGAAUGUCAUCCUUGAAAAACACAAGGAGCAAGUGCCUCUGUGUUGUCAAAACUCUUCAACAUUCUCUUGAAGAACUUGAUCUGCCAAGUGUUUUAAACAAAGAUUCAAUCAUGGAAUUCUGUUUUCAAAGAGCUUCUUUAAUUUUCUGCACUGCUUCUACUUCAUAUAAGCUGCAUUCAGUAGGAAUGGAACCGCUGGACUUACUGGUCAUUGAUGAAGCUGCACAACUGAAGGAGUGUGAAUCAACUAUUCCUCUUCAGCUGCCUGGUUUGAAUCAUGCUAUUCUCGUUGGUGACCAGUGCCAGUUGCCAGCAAUCGUUCAUAGUAAAGUUUGUGAGGAAGCUCAGUUUGGAAGAAGCUUAUUUGAAAGAUUGAGUUUGUCGGGUCAUUCUAAGCAUCUUCUAAACAUACAGUAUAGGAUGCAUCCAUCCAUAAGUUUGUUCCCUAAUGGGAAGUUCUAUUUCAACCAAAUUAUGGAUGCACCACAUGUUCAGAGUAAAAGUUACCAGAGGCAAUAUCUUCCAGGGCCAAUGUUUGGUCCUUAUUCUUUUAUAAAUGUUAUUGGUGGCAGGGAAGAAGUGGAUGAUGAUGGACGGAGCAGAAGAAAUAUGGUAGAGGUGGCAAUUGUGGUGAAUAUAGUGCAGCAUUUAUAUAGAGGUUUGUCAGUUGAGAUUUACGACAUUUUCAUGUGAACUAUUGUUAUAAAAAAUUCGCACAUCUUGAAAUAAUUUGUUUGGUUUUUGAAUCUUUUCUUUUGUAGUAUUGCAGGACCAUUUUAAAGCCUCAAGUAAUUCAAGAGUUAAUAUUAAGCAAACAAAACUAAAAUAGAUAAUUUUUUUGACUUGGUGGUAGAUAUCUGCCAAAACUAAAAUAUUCUAUAGUUUUGACCAUUGAGGAAUAUCCCAGAAAAGUAGCUUGUGAAGAUAAUAUCCUGUCAAUUACUCAUUUUCCAUGAUGAGCGUGUCACUGAUAGAGGAAACUUCUCUUAGUGAUGCCUUCUUUCACCACUUAUGCUGUCAAAGCAAAUGGCCCGGUGAUUCAUUUGCUCCAACAAAGCUAAAUUCUUUUUGCUGCUAAG